CCGUUAAUACAGAACCAAAAUACCUUGACAUCGUAUACUAAAUAUAAACUAACAGCACAAACUUCGACUAUCAGACAUGAAAACUAAUUCAAAGAUUAGCCGCUUCAAACAAUCAGAACAAUAAUCAUGAGCACAAAACACAAUUCAACCUAGAACCUCUAUUGACAUUUAGUGAGGAAGCGGGACAAAACAGAAAAUCCAAACCAGCUUCAUGUGAGGAGAAGGACAGGCAGUAAAAGCAACAGAAGAAAACAGAGACAAAUUACCACCAGGCAGCGAAUAUAGACUCUUUUAUCAACUCCAUAUUUCGCAAGAGAAUCAGCAAAGGAGUUUCCUUCUCUAAGAGUGUGUUGGAAAGAGACUUCCUUGAGCUGCAAAAUAAGAGAAUCAAUAUCAUUAAAAAGCAUCCAUUUAUCCCGAGGUCUCUUGCCAGGAUGGAGAAUCCAGAAAAGGGUAGCUUUUGAAUCGGACUCAAUGAGAAAGCUUGUUUGUGGUUGCAAAAGGGGAUAGGGAAAAUGGGUGGAGAGCAUGCUUGAUUGCCAUAAUUUCGGCAAAAUUAGAAUCCUGAACUCCAAGGGGGCCAAAUAACACCCCCCCAAGAAAUCCCUCUUGAGUCUCGAAGAGCCCCUCCACAUCCUGCUGGCCCCAGUUUUCCUCUGGCAGAACAGUCAACAUUAAAUUUCAAAGUCCCUUCUGGCGGUGGGCACCAUUGAAUGUUUAGGCGGCGGUGGAGAGGGGUGCGAUGAACCCCUACUUCCCAUGGGGUUGUCCUCCAUCUUGUGCAAUCGUUGCUUAACUGCUUUAGCUACCCCAUUUUUUUUUUCCUUUUUUGACCUUCUGCUACACUGCUUUUAAAACCCUGAGAAAACUUACCCUGCUUCCCUGUCCGAAUAGAAUGGCUGAAGGCGACCGGUCAGCCUUUCUUGCAGUCAAAAGGCAUGCAGUUGUAACAGGAGCAAACAAGGGAAUUGGUUUUGAGCUAUGCAGGAACCUGGCGUCAAAAGGGGUCAUGGUAGUUUUGACUUCUAGAGAUGAGAAAAGGGGACUUGAAGCUGUUGCAAAAUUGAAAGAUUCUGGCCUGUCUGCUCAUGUAGUAUGUCAUCAACUUGAUGUAGCAGAUCCUUCUAGUAUUGCUUCCCUUGCAGAGUUUGUCAAAGCUAAAUUUGGGAAACUUGAUAUCUUGGUUAACAAUGCUGGGAUUUUUGGAGCGAUUCUAGAUCCACACGCUUUUGCCACUGCUACUGAACUUGCUGGUUACUUUCCAACUGAAGAGCAAGCCAAAGAGUAUGAGAUUGCAACUCAAACUUUUGAGUUGGCAGAAGAAUGCUUGAAAACCAACUACUAUGGUGCAAGAAGAAUGGUUGAAGCAUUUGUUCCCCUUCUCCAGUUAUCUGACUCAGCGAGAAUUGUCAAUGUUUCCUCUAUUAUGGGGUUAUUGAAGAAUAUACCCGGCAGUCAGUGGGCUAAGGAAGGAUUAAGUGAUGUCGAAAGUCUUACAGAGGAUCGAGUGGAUGAAGUUUUGAAGCAGUUUCUUAGAGAUUUUAAAGAAGGAUCGUUAAAAGCUAAAGGUUGGCCUACUUAUUUCUCUGCCUAUACACUCUCUAAAGCAGCAAUGAAUGCCUACACAAGGAUUGUCGCCAAGAAGUACUCAAGUUUCCUUGUUAAUUCCAUUGGCCCAGGCUUUGUGAAAACUGAUAUAACCUGCAAUAUUGGGGUCCUAACAGCUGCUGAAGGAGCUGAAAAUGUUGCCAGGCUAGCACUGCUGCCAAAUGAUGGGCCUUCAGGCCUUCUUUUCAUCAGGAAGGAAGUCUCAUGUUUUUGAACACUAUGAUUCCUUCCAAUCUUGUAGAAGAAGAUGAAAUCUACAGUUAGCUUUUUUAGUCAUCGAGAUUCAUGUUUUAUGGCAUAAAAACCUUAAUAAUUCUGGAAAUAAAAGGGUUUUGUAGUUUAUA